AAAAGCUGAUUCAGUGACGUGUAUUUCCUGCGACAAGGCUCACCAAAACAAAGCGUGGGCGGAAACAGCUUUGUAACUCUGUUGAAAUCGAUAUUAACAUGUUAAAAUGCCCAUUUGCUGGCUUAUCAGCGAGGAGGGCAAUCAUAAACCCAUUGCCCUGCCUCACUUGCAGACCGUUGUCCUGGGUCGAGGUCCAGAGACGACUAUUAAAGACAAAAAAUGCUCUCGGCACCAAGUUGAAUUGAAAGCAGAAUGCAACAAAGGUUAUGUCAAAGUUAGACAGCUGGGCUUGAACCCAACAGCCAUAGACUCUGUUGUGGUGGGUAAGGACAGUGUGGUCAAAAUGAAGGCCGGACAGAAGCUUCAUAUUGUCAACCAGCUCUACCCAUACACUGUACAGUUCAAGGAGGACACCACCGGGGACCACAGGGGCAACAAAAGACCCCGAGAGCUGGCUUCAGAGGACAUAAAGAGCCACAGAGAGGCUGCAGAUGUGAAAGAAGACAAACAAACAGAAAAGACCUCUUUGCCAGUCAGCCUGGGAGAAAAUGUAAAAAACAAAGAAAGUUUUGGACAUUGGAGCCAAGGUCUGAAUACCUCAAUGCAAGACCCAAAGAUGCAGGUGUAUAAGGAUGAAAAAGUAGUAGUCAUUAAAGAUAAAUACCCCAAAGCUCGCUACCACUGGUUGGUCCUCCCGUGGCAGAUCAUUUCCAGCCUGAAGGCCUUACGAGAGGAGCACUGCGUUCUGGUGAAACACAUGCAGCAAGUCGCUGAGCAGAUGGUUCAACAAUGCCCAGAUGCUACAUCGUUACGCUUCCGAACAGGGUACCAUGCCAUCCCCAGUAUGAAUCAACUACACCUGCAUGUGAUCAGCCAAGACUUCGACUCCGCUUGUUUGAAGAACAAAAAACAUUGGAACUCAUUCACAACUGACUAUUUCAUGGACUCCGAAGAUGUCAUUCAGAUGCUUGAAACAAAUGGGAGAGUAACUGUCAAACAAGGAACCAGUGAGUUAUUGAAACUACCGCUCUGCUGUCACAUCUGUCGUAAAGAGCUUCCAACCAUACCAGCACUAAAGGAGCAUCUGAAGUCUCACUUCCCAAGAUAAGAAAGGGACGUCAAAGAAAACAGCUGCCUCAGUUGAUAAGUUCAUUCAAAUCUGUAGUUCGUUAGGCAUUUUUUUAUAAGAUAUAUCUCUAGGUGACUGGAGGACUAUGUUGUAGCCACAUUUGCAUUUUCAACUAGAAGGACACAUGGUUCACACAUAAUCCUUUGCACACAAGAGAUGGACAAACCAACAGAACAAAUUAAACCCAAACUCAACAAAAACAUGAUUUCCUAUUGAUUUCUUUGCAGAUUUAAGAAAAAUGUGAAAAUCCACAUUUGUUUUUAUGUUAGAUCUCAUUGUUUUUCCCCCGCAAGUCUUUGGUGUAGAAAAUGCCAAGAUAUUGUAUCCAUUGUUUCAACAUUUCAUAUGUUUAAAUAUGUUAAGUAUUAAAAGUUUUCUAAAAACCAAAUAAAAAGUUUUACUUUU